AAAAUGAUGCUCCGAUAUAUUGGCUCGCGUAACGCGGCCCCGCCCCCUUUUUUAUCUCAACGACCCUUCCCUUACCUUCCCAUCCCCCAUUUCCUCAACGGACCCCGCCCGCGAUUUCACUCCUUCUCUCCCCCGCGCGCGCGGCCUCCCCGUGCCCGUGCGUGCGCCAACACCGCGCAGCCACGCCACGCCACGCCCGUCGAAAGCCCCAAGCACCCGGCCAGCACGCGCAGUAGGCCGCCGAGGCACAGAGCCGGCGGCCGGCGCCUCGGCUAUGCGGCGGUCAGAGUGGGAGGACCGGUGCAAGCGGCACCCGGAGCACCGGACGUCCAAGGGCGUGUGCCCCUACUGCCUCCGCGACCGCCUCGCGCACCUCUCCGCGUCCUCCUCGGCGACCACCACCACGCGCGCGUCCUCGUCCUCGGCGCCCACGUCCCCGUGCUCCUCCGGCGGCUCGUCCCCGCCGCCCCAGUACCGCGCCGCGCUCUCCGCGGACGUCAGCUCCGUCCACGUCGUCGUUGCCGGGUCCUCCUUCGCCGACGUCGCCGCCUUCUCCCAGCCGCUCAUGCCGACCUCCGCCAACAAGAAGCCGCCGCCCGCGAGCCAGGACGAGCCGGCCAGGGGGAAGGGCGAGGCGAAGAGGAGGAAGAGCGGCAAGAAGAAGAAGAUCGGGAGGUUCCUGUCCAGGCUCGUUGGCGCGGAGAGGCGGCGGCACACCGGCGACGGCGGCGGCGACGGCGACGGCGCCGAGCUCUUCCACUCCAGAACCAUGAAGGAGAAGACGGCGUCCAAAUGGGUGUUCUUCUGAAUCCCCUCGUCAGAUCAGAUGCCAGCACCAUGCUGCACACACACGCGCGCUUGAGGGCCGGUUUCCUCGAUCGGUCGGUAUGGAGUUUUUUCCCCCCACUUCAAGUACUCCUGUGCUUCAAUCCGCUGCAGUUAGUUAGCAUGGUUUCUCUUUCCGACUGUGUACACGAGACAAGCCAAAACUAUGGAUCAUUAUAAGGUUAUUUGAGAAAUAUUGUAUGCUUAUUUUGUAAAAUUAGAAGAAUAAAAAAAAGAAAACAGCUACGAAGUGU